AGUCGGCCAUUGUUAACAGGGUUACAUUUUGAGUCAAUAUCGGGGUCUGUGUAAUAUUGGAUGUCAUUGCAUUUCAUUCUUAAUGUUUUGUUAACAUCUAAGCAUUUUAUUCGGAGAUUAUGGCUACUGUUGCAGGAGAUGACGACUUUGAUCAGUUUGAUAAGCCUGGUGCAGAAAGGUCUAGGAGGAAACGAACUGGCGAUGAAGAGUGGGAUAGUGAUCUUGAUGAUGAUUUGCUAGGAGAUGAUUUGCCAUCUGCCAAAAAGAAUCUGUCUGAUUUGUCUGAUGAAGAGCUUAAUGAUGAGCUGUUACAGAGUGAUGAAGAAGAAGAAAGCUACAGCUCUCGUGAUGCAGUUCUCAGUAUGAAUUCGUCUGACAAUUUAAAGUCAUUUGACCUGUCCAGCAGCGCUAUCAGUUUAACAGCUACUGAAGUUAAAGAUCCUAGUUUUGAACAACAGGAUACUACAGGUGUUUAUGAAGAAGGAGAGGAAGAAAAAGAGGGGGUAGCAACAGUAGAAACUGAGGAAUAUGCUCAGGUAUAUUAUGCAGGGGAAGAGGAAGAGUUAGAAGGUGCUGAGGCUGAAAUGACUGAAGACCAAAUUGAAUACGUAGAGCAGGAUGAAGAACUUUCCAAUGAUGAAGUGAUAGAACUUGAGAUCAAUGAGACACUGGAUGAUGAAUUUCAAGAUGAAGACUAUGUAAAUCCAGAAACUACAACAGAUGUUCUUAGUUAUGAAGUGGAAGGUAAAAAUGUCACUGCUUUUUCUGACAAUGUUCAGGAAAUGUCAUAUGAAGCUGAAGCUGAGGAAAGCCAAGAAUUGGAUGAUUCAGAAGUAGCAGUGAAAGAAGAAUCUGAUGAAGAGGAGGAUGAAGAGGAGCCUGGCCGACUGCGUUUCAAAAAGGAACGGAAAGAUGGGACAGUCAUUAGGAUAAUAGAUCCGACAAAUAAGAGGAGGAACAUCCCAGAAACUUUAGAACUGUCAGAAGAAGCUAAAGCAAAGUUGCUUGAAUUUGAGGAAAAGGAACGUCAGAGAAAGCAAUUACGGAGUGGUCAGAGAAGAGGAGGAAGGCGAGGUGCAAUCAAUUCUCUUUUCCAUAGACCUGUAGAAGGAAGAAGAAUCAACAGUGGAAGAGGACGAAUGAAUGACCAGACAGUUCCUUUGAUGUCUGUCCCUGUGUCUCAGCAGAACCAUCCACAGAUGAUGCCUCCCCAUCAUUCACAGCUGCCAACUAGUGGUCUUUUUCAAAACCAGCAGCCACAGCCAUUGUUUCCUCCACAUCGCCAUCUUCGUCCUAUGCAUCAUGGAAUGCCACCUCUUCAUCAGCUUGAACCACCUAGAAUGCUUAUGCCUCCACCACCAACUCCUCAGCAGCCGAAGAAUAUUCAUAUAAAUCCCCACUUCAAAGGCCCUGUUACAUCCUCCAUGCAAGUGCCGUUGCUUCCCUUACCUCCAGAGCAACCUAAGCUUGUUUUGGAACCACCAAGAUUUCCUGGCUCUUCAGAAUUUCAGCCACAUCCCCCUGGGCCACUUCCAGGCAACUUCACUCAGGUUCCCAGACUUCCUCCUCCUCCACCUCCUCCUUUAGAGCAAUGGAGAGGACCACCACCGCCACUGCCUCAAGACAGAAACCAACCUUUCUUUAUUGGAGACCCAAGAUUUCCAGGACAGCAACUUUUUGAGCAGCAGAACCCUCCACCUCCACUUCUUAACGCUCACCCAGUUCCUAAUCAGAAUCUGGCAGCUUUUAACCAAUCUGGUCAAGCAUUUAAUCAGCAAGGACAGCAACCGUUGUUUCCUAGAGAAAGACCUCUCCGACCAAACCUACAGCCACCAAGUCACAUGGGCAUGCCUCAUUUUAACCAGCCAGGACCAUGUGGUCCUCGACCGUUUAUGCCUCCUAGACAGCAGAAUCCACCAGGACAUGCACAGUCCUUCCCUCCUCCACACAUCCAGCAUGGUAUGCAGUGUCCUGUAAUGCCUUUGCCACAGCCAUCUCAUCAUCAUCCUCACCACCACCAACCACCACCACAGCACCACAGCCUACAACAGCCACCACAACAGCAGCCACCUCAGCAGCAGCUUCAUCACCCUUCUCAGCAGCCUCUUUUACCUUUGCCACGUCAUCCAUUUCGACAACGUAUACAAAAGCAGCAACAAAAGAACUGUAAUCGAAUGCAGCGUCAACAGCGACAGGGUGCAGUUAAAGCAAAACGUAACAUACCAUUGCAAAAUAUGAGUAAGGGCCAGAAUCCGCAAAAUCAAGGAUCAGUUGUAAGAAAUAGUAACUUGCGUGAAUUACCAGUGGCACCAUUGGUCUCUGUUAACAACAAAGGUUCAGCAACACCUCCUGCUGCUCAGGUAAAGCCAGUUGCAAGAUCAUUUCCUACCAUGAAGACAGUGUUACCCGCUAAAGCACAACAGGGGAAUAUAGAGCAAAAUGCCAAAGCAGUGAAGUCUGUACCACAACCAACAACUGAACUAAAACCUGAAACAGUGGACCCUGAUGAAGAUGAAGAAACAAGACUGUAUCGUCUGAAGAUUGAAGAGCAAAAGAAAUUAAGGGAAGAAAUCUUAAAACAAAAAGAACUAAGAAGACAGCAGCAGGCUGGUGCACGAAAAAAAGAACUUCUUGAGCGGCUUGCACAACAGCAAUCUUUUGUGCAGGUUGUUUCACAUCAGCAAGACAGUGUAUCAGUAGUGCCUGCCAAUAAUAACUCCAUUGUGCCUGCUUUAAGCCCAGCUGAACAGCAGGGUGUGAAGGCAAGACUAUUUAUAAAAAAGCAGGGACCUGGAAGCAUUGGGCUACAGCCACAGAACUUAUUUCCAGUACAAACAAUUACACAGAUACAGUCUCAGAGACAACGAAAAGCUGUAAAACAACCUCAGCCAGUCAGAACUUUACCUCAGAAUCCACUCACAGCAUCCCAGAAAGUAACACAAGCAAAGUCUCCCAUUCCAGUGCUAAUGCAUGGGUCACAGCAAAGUGCCAAAGUUGUAGCUGUGCAGGGCAGGACACAGCAAUUAAAACCCGGAAUGAAAAGGACAGUGAUGCAGAGGGCAAACUUUGUAGGUGGAGGUGGACCUCAUUUGCGACCUAAGAAAUUUAAGUUAAUAAACCUUACAGAUAUGCACAUGGGAGAGAAUAUUAUGUAUUCCCAUUUUGAGGGUGGACCCCAACAGUUACAGCUACAGCAGCCUCAGCUGCAGACACAACAGUUUCGGAAGGUCACAUUGAAAAAAGGAGCAGCAGUCCAACCGCAACAGCAGAUGACCUGUGCUCAGUCAGCAUUGUUAGGACCAAGAAACACUUCUGGAAAUCAGCAAUUGCAAACAAAGGCCAUUAUACAGGGGAGAGGCAGAGCAUUAGAGGGUCAGAUAGGCCGUGGGCGCUUGAUGUCGAACAAACAGAAUCUACGAGUAGUUGAAUGCAACACAGAGUCAAAUGUAGUGUCGAUUGAAGGCAUUUCGUCAUCAACUACUGAUUCCCAGCUGAAAAGCCUACUACUUUCUGUAGGCCCCAUUCAGAGUUUUGAGUAUCUGCCACAACAAAGGAAGGCUAUAGCAAGGUUUGUAAAUUCAGCACAUGCAGCAGCAUUUCAGCAAAAGUACCACAGGCACAUGGUAGACUUGUCCCACAUAAAUGUGUUGCUGAUUGCAGAGUGAUUCAUUUUUUUUCUGAAUCUCUGAGACAUCCUUACAGUACUGUGAAGUGGCCACAGAAUUAUUCCAGAACUCAUACUUCUAUGAACUCAAGUCAACAGUGAUCGAAAUAAUCCCAUGCCACAAUACUGCCUUGCGGAACUGAAGACAUCUGUCCAAUGUAUGGAAAAAUAAACUGAAUUUCGUUUCACUAAGGCAGACAGUUGAAUUUGUACUUUCUGAACAUGUAAAGUACCUUUUCCUCCAACUCAUGGAACUAUGGUUUUAGCCAUUGUCGCUUUUGUGUGGAUACACAACUUCAUUUAAACAGUUACAGCACUGUUAAAACUGCAGUAAUUGAAUGCAUCUGCACUGGGACCCUCCUUUUAAAAGCUUUCAAGAGGUUUUCAUAGGAACAGUUAAUAAUGGUUGCUCUUAUCUUCCCUGUAGGAGCAUUACAAAAGCAGAAAUUAGUUUGUCAUUUACAGACUCUCAGAUACUCUCAAAAUGGUUUAGCUGUCUGUGCAGGAGUACGUUUGUAACUGCAGGAAAAUGAGUUACAAAGGACAGAAAAUUGCACCAAACAAUUCACCUUAGAAUUUAAAAAAAUAUAUUUAAAUAUAUCUAGCAUCAAUCCAUAGUCACUUAGUACAGUCUUAAACCUUGAAGUGUUACUCAGAGUAAUUCAACUGUUCUUUUCAUAAAGUUUUAAGAAAGCCCUUUAAUAGGUUUGUUUCUGACUUCACGUUGGUGGUGGGGGGGGGUGAAGGGAGGGACAAAAUAUUAGCAAGUAACAGAGAAGUACAUUUUCACAGAUAACAUUCCCUUGUACACACCUCCACAACUGGUCUCUCAAAGUUACUCAUAAGUAAUUUCAGUAGUCUUUACUGCAUUUCUAAUGAGCCAAACAUAUCUGUUCUCUUUUUUCUGUAGCAGUUUUUGUUUGUAGAUUUAGUAUUUAUAUUGAUUGAUUUGGGAGAAUUUUUCUCUAAGAAGAAUAUCAGAAUGAAAAUCAUUCUAAUCCUACAAGUAGGAAAAUGCUCCAGCAUAAUAGUUAAUUAUGCUGGCAAUGUUUUAUUUUACAUGUUAAUGUGUCUUUCAUAAUAAAACUGCAUAUAAGUAUCUUUAUACAUACACAGCUGUAUUCUGCUUCACUUUCCUUAGCAUUCCUGUACCAUCAUACAUUUUCCAUCAAAUUGUGUGCCUGCUAGCCAUGAUAUCCAUGGCUGAGCACAGAAACUUUCCUAGAACAAAACUCGUAUUUUUCUUUGUGAUUCUGUCGUCCCAGUUUAUAACUGUGCAGAAGAAAGAAGAGGGGGGAGGAGAGAGAGAAUGUGUGUGUAUUUUUAUGGAUUUGUGAGUUGUUAAUGCAUUACUGAUCAAGCCAUACAUUGUUACCUGUAUGAGAUGGCAUCUUGUUAUUCCUUCUGUGGUGUUUAGUAUUGAGAGGUAAACAUUAUUGUAAAGGUGUUGGCUUGCUCAGUACUGUAAAACAUUCACUCGACCAAAAAAUGCCACUUCUUUACUCUUAGAGCACUUUGCCUAUGCACUGGGACAUGAUAAUUGGUAUAGUUAGUUCUUAAUUUUAAGACUAGAACUCUUUUCUGGAAAAAAAAUAAAGAUGUCUAAUGAAGUCAGAGUAGCAGUUAUAAGAAGUUUGUUUAUGUAAAUAGUAAAUACAGACCAACUUUGCUGUGCUGAAUCAUUUUGAAAUUAUGUCCGAUUUAGCAUUUUUUUGAGAAACUAGGUUUAUAUACAUAUGUAUUUUAACUUUGAUGAUACAGUAUUGAAAUUUUCAGGUGUGAAGACUACAAAAAUGUAUAGUGCAGCUGUACGCACAGAUAACAAAAUGGCUAGUGUUUAAUCUCCAGAGUCAGCUGUAGUUCUCACAAACCAGCAUGUACUGAUAAUGACAACCUAAAGAAGAUAAAUAUAGCAUUUUUGUUGUUUUAGCUUGUUAAAUUUACAGAAUACAUAUUGUAUAGUCUGUCAUGUUUUCAAAUCUAGCAUUAAUUUAGCAAAGGUAAAAAGUCAGUCAUUUUUUAAAUAAAUAAAAGCCUGCAUAUCUGCUGUUUCCAUUCAGCAAAAUAUUGAAGCAGCUGUCACUGCCUUUGUCUCACAUUUGACAAUAGAUAACAGAAUUGGAUUGUUCAGCCGUGGUGGUUAUUUUAGUUUUUAUGCCCAAUAGAAAGCAAGCAUAGCACUUCAGCUUCAUGGCUUCUUCUGUAAGUCAGAUUCCAGGGUUACCUUGAUGCAACACGUUCAUAAUAUUAAAAAGGAAAAAAUUCAGGCAGUUAUGGUUUCUUGAAUUGGUACAGACUCUGUUGUAGGUUGGGUGACAGAUAUGUUUGGUUCUCUUUUAGCACUUUUCAGCAGUGUAAUGCUACUUUAAUAUUCUAUCACAUGGAUUUGUUUGUAUGAUAGCAUUCCUUGCCAUUACCGUCUUCACCUAGGUUUGAAGUUAGCAAAGCUGUGUCCCUUUAAAAGGUGUUAUUAGGCAUGGGUAAGGUUGCUGUGUUGGAGCAGCCCUCAGCCCCACAUAGUAACACAAAGGAUUAGAGUCCAUGCAGGGAACAUUGCAUAACUGUGGUAGCCAAAUGGCUAAGUACACCCUUAUCUUCCCUUCCUGAUAUACUGAACAACCAUGAACAGGUUAAUUCUUUGGUACCCCCACCAACACCACCAGCUUUGGCCACCCAGUCUAGUGCUUAUCUCAGACCUUAGACGCAAUAGAUGAUACUUCUUCCUUUAUAUUUGCUAGCCGUUUGAGUGAACCAGUCCAAAAUGCAUAUAAAACAGAGAGUAAACACUUUAAAGGAAAGGGCUGUGAAAUAAAAUACUGUAAUAUUAAUCAGCACUUAAAUAGCAGGCGUUAACGUGCACUCAUCUGUUCCAACACUAAUAUUUGAUAAAGCAACGAAAGUAAUACAGCUUACAAUGGGAAAGUCAAGGAGAGUUACAAAAGGUUGGUAAGUUGUCUAAUUUUUGUUAAACUCGCAGUCUACAUAAUUAGGUUAAAUAUCUGCAGGGGAAGGGUAGAAUUUUUCAUUGGUUCUAGUUAGAGUAGAUUAAGAAAUUUUCUUAAUUAUGAAAAAAAAUGUUUUCUGUUCCAGACCAUUGAAUGUAGUCCAUGUAACAGAAAGGUUCACACAAUCCAAUACUACACUGAGUUUAUUUGAAUUGAUGUCAUAGCUGUUUUAGUCAGGAAACAGCCACAGAGAAGAAGUUAACCCAGUAACAGUUUUACUGCCAUUUUUUCUUGGUCAGUUAUUGAAAAAAAAUUAUCAUUAUUGCCAUGCAAGGGAAUGCUGAAUUAAUUUUAUUUUAUUUCUUCAAUGUUAGUUUUUUAUACAGGAAUGUAAAACAAACAAAAAAUAAUGAGGAAAACUGUUUUUAAAUCAGUUUAACGUCAAUGUAUAGCUGGAUGAUCACACCUCAGUUGCACUUUAAACCAGAGAUUGCUGUAAUAGUUUCCCCUGACCUAAUACAUUUUUUUAAGCACGACAUUUCACUUAAAAUGUGCAGGAUGAUUCUGGAUGCUUAAAACUAGCAAUUUAAGUGAUUAAAAUGUGUAGCAUUUUGGUCUCACUUAUUUUUUAAACACAGUCUCGUUAGUCUUGACUACUUGCUGUAUAGGCGUGGUUUACGAAAGAACCCUGUUUUAUUGCAAAAGUAAAAUUAAAUAUCCCUACAAAAAAUAAUAUUUCUGUCCUGUAGCUUCAUCAUAAUAUGGAAGAAAGGAUAGCUCCUCAGGAGGAUUUGUUGCAACCAUUAUUUAAUUUUCUUUCAUAUAUUUAAUCCAAAUGCAGGAACUGCAUUUAAAUAUCAUGUAAAUACAAAAAAAGUUGAAAAUGAACAUUUAUGUUGUUCACACGUGUAAAUGUUAUUGAUCUCUUGCUUUUCCAUUUUUUAGUGUUCAGUGUAUCUGACUGGAAGGACUGAUUAGUGGAAAUUCCGUAAGAGUCACUGUGAGCUUCUGUAUUGUUUUGAAUUUUUAUAAAGAUAUUAUGUCACUAA